AUGGCCGAAUCCGAACCCAUGGCUGUCGACGCCGCACCCGUGGCUUCCGUCGACGCAGCUCCCGGCACCGAGGCUGUUGCGGCUCCUGCCGCCGAGGGCUCCGCCUCCGCUUCCGCUGCUGGCGAGGCUUCAUCGUCGACUGCGGUUGGAGACGGCGAAGGCUCAACGUCGGCGCCGCAACACCGCCGCAAGAAGGACCUUGAACCCCAGGAGCCCAUUGAGGACGUGAUUCACCGCCGUCUCACCGUCAUCAAGGAAGGUGACAACGUGCUUCUGCGCCUGCCCAGCGACACCAUCAAACUUCUUCAGCUCGGAAAGUUUGGCGCGUUCCCUGCACGCGAGCUGAUCGGAAGGCCGUACGACAUCACGUAUGAGAUCGUACUUGCUCCGGGAGAGAUGCCGCUGUCCGGAUCGGCGACGCCCGAGCCCGAGUUCAGGGGGAAGAAGGGGAAGAAGUCGGCUGUGCCGCUGAAGGACAACCCUGGAUGGAAGCACGUCCUGCGGCCCCAGAAGCAGCGUACGGUUUUGGACGCGAUCGUUGACGACAUCCGGGAGACGAACGAGUUCAUCGAGGACCAGGAGGCGCGCGAGGGCCUGCUCAUGAGCCAGGAGGAGAUUGCCGAGCUCAAGGCCCAGGGUGUGAGCGCUGAGGAGAUGAUCAAGAGGCAGAUGGAGCGCCACGACCAGUUCGAGCUCAAGACCGACUUCUCCAAGGAGAAGUGGCGCAAGCGUAAGGAGAAGAAGUACUCGCAGACGGUGCACCCGCUCGCCCCUAGCACGCGCAACAUCGUCAACCACUACGCCGAGCGCAACCCGCAGGCGAUCGCCUAUCUUCGCGAGGACACGCUGAGCCAGCUCCUCGUCGCCGCCAACGUUCGUCCGGGCGGCCGCUACCUCGUCGUGGACGACACGGGCGGUCUCGUGACCGCCGCCAUUGCGGAGCGCAUGGGAUGCACUGGUCGUAUCAUGGUGUUCACGGAUGCGGACAGCCCGCCGGCGUGGGGUGUGCUGAACACGAUGAACUUCAGCGAGCAGGAGCUUGCGUGCAUUAAGUGGCUGAACUGGAUGGAGGCCGAGCCCGGGUACGAGCGUCCGCCCCUGCCGACGGAGGAUGGAAUGCCGGCCAUUGCCGCGGGCAAGACGCAAGCGCGUGUGCGCAGGCACAACGCGCAGGUCGCCGAGCUCACCGCGAGCCAGAACGAACUCCAUUCCGGAAACUGGGACGCGGCCAUUCUCGCGACCGACCUCAGCCCCGUCUCUGUCGUCAAGAAGCUCACGCCGUACAUUGCCGGAGCGGGAAACCUCGUCGUGUACUCCCCUUACCAGCAGGUCGUUGCUGAGACCCUCGCCUACACCCGCAAGGACCCCAACUACCUCGCCACCAAUAUGACUGAGAGCUGGAUGAGGACGUACCAGGUUCUUCCUGGCCGAACGCACCCUAUGAUGACGACGAGCGCAGCGGGAGGAUACCUCCUCGCCGCUACGAGGGUGAUCCCCUCCACGUUCGUGCCCGAGAGCCACCAGAGGCACAACAAGAGGAGGAAGAAGGCGAACGGAGACGCGACUCCCGCUGGGACGGACACGCAGGAGGAGUAA